AUGCUUGAUUUGUUUUUCAGGAUGCUGACGGAAACACAAAAUUCAGACGAGGCAUACAGUGCAGUUGUGAACGAGAUAAACAAAAGAAGGCUCGGCCUUGUAGAAGAUCCAAGAGGAUAUGAUGAGUCCAAGAGGAUCUUUGAGAGGGUGGUGAAGGUUUCUGAAGAGCUGAAGAGGAUGAGAAUGGUGUUUGGAAGCAAUGCAUGA